AGGAGCUCCGAGGCUGGGCGGCUCAGCUCCGCCUCCGCCGCCGCGCCGCGCCGCGCCGCGCCGGGCCCGACAAACCGGGCCUGAGGAGAGCCGCCCAGAGAAGGACGCGGGCAGCCAUGGCCGAAGAGGCGCCUGCCCCGGCUCCAGAGAGGGACAGGCAAAUAGGGGAUGAAAGGCCUUUGACGCCUUCUCCAUCACCCCAGCUGGCUGCUGAGAAGAGCUCAUACCUCUACUCCACGGAGAUCACGCUGUGGACGGUGGUGGCCGCCAUCCAGGCGUUGGAGAAGAAGGUGGAUUCCUGCCUGGCCCGCCUGAUGACUCUGGAGGGGCGGACAGGGAAGGCUGAGAAGAAGCUGGCCGACUGCGAGAAGACGGCCGUGGAGUUGGGGAACCAGCUGGAGGGCAAGUGGGCGGUGCUGGGGACCCUGCUGCAGGAGUACGGGCUGCUGCAGAGGCGGCUGGAGAACGUGGAGAACCUGCUGAGGAACAGGAACUUCUGGAUCCUGCGGCUGCCCCCGGGCAGCAAGGGCGAGGCCCCCAAGGUGCCCGUGACCUUUGAUGAUGUGGCCGUGUAUUUCUCUGAGCCAGAGUGGGGCAAACUGGAUGAGUGGCAGAAGGAGCUGUACAAGCACGUGAUGCGGGGCAACUACGAGACGCUGGUCUCCCUGGAUUAUGCCAUCUCCAAACCGGAUAUCCUCACCCGGAUGGAGAGGGGAGAGGAGCCUUGCCCUGAAGGCCCGAGGGGCCGGGAGGAGGGGAGUGACAGAGAGGAAGCACGCCCAAGGAGGCUGGGCGCUGGCCUUCCUCCAUACCCAGAGCACACCUCCAGCCCAGUCAGCCCUGCCCAGAAGGAGCCAAAAGAAGGUCAGGCCUCCAAGCACCAGCAAGACUCAGAAACAAGAGUAACCCCACCCGAAACGAGCACCGGACCACUAGCCAGCACUAGCGUUUUGUCCUCGGUUAAACGGGAGGAAGAAUCUUCAGAUGGGGAGUCACCCACCUCCCCUCCCAGGGACAUCCUGCCCGGCAUGGGGCCAGGUGGUGGCGGUAUGGUCAUCAAGACGGAAGCACAAUCUGAGGACGAGAUGAUGCCUGAGCAGCUCUACCUGGGGGAGUCCCCGAGCCAGCCAGAGUGUAGACUCCCCAAAGGGCCCAGGAGCAGGACCGGGGGUUCUGGCCGGCCUCACUCGGGGGCAGCGCCCAGGGUGCGGGCAGGGGACCCUCUGCCACCGGGGGCACUGGGGAAGGGGGGCGAGCCGCCUCGCGUCCUCCCCCGCCGGCGAGAGCGGGCCUUCCCCUGCCCUGACUGCGGACAGAGCUUCCGCUUGAAGAUCAACCUGACCAUUCACCAACGGACCCACGCGGAGGAGGAGCAGCGCGCGGAGGCCCGGGGCGGCUCGGCCUCCGGGGCCGGGGGACGUGCCCAGCCCGCGCUGGAGCCGGGGGAGGUGGUGGUGCCCGGCCCCGUCAUCCGCUGGCUCCCAGAGGGGCCCGAGGGCCGCCGCUGCUUCGUGGGGCGGAGGCCGGCGGCCGCCAAGGUGUACCACUGCAGCGAGUGCCUGCGCUUCUUCCAGCAGCGGAAGAGCCUGCUGCUCCACCAGCGCCUGCACACCGGCGACAGCCAGGGCUGGCCCGCCUGCCCCUACUGCGGCAAGGCCUUCCGCCGGCCCUCGGACCUCUUCCGGCACCAGCGCAUCCACACGGGCGAGCGGCCCUACCCGUGCCCCGAGUGCGGCCGCGCCUUCAACCGCAACCACCACCUGGCGGUCCACAUGCAGACGCACGCGCGCGGCCAGGGCGGCCCGCACGUUCCGGCUCCCCCCGCCCGCCUGGGCAGCCCGCCGCUGGCACGGCCCAGCCCCUCCGAGGAGGGCUGACCGGGCAGGAGCCUGCGGGGCACCCCCUGCUCCAGGACCACCUCAACACCGGCGGAGCCCUUCCACUUGUGCCUGAUGCUGGGUCCUCCUUCUGCGAUGGCUUUGGAGAGAUCUUUUUACAUGGGAAGCAGUGGCCUUUUUGAUGACAGAGUGUAUGCGUGCCAGAUGCCUCAGUUUCCUAAGUUUGUCACUCUGCUGCCUUUUCUACAUUCCUGACUUACACAGGGGCCACUAAGGCUUAGGGGAUGCCAAGCUUUGGUGGGGGCCUUUGACGGGUACCGUGGACAGGCAACAGGACCAGAGGCCAUGGCCUUUCUAGUAGGGGGUGUUCGAGACACGGAGAGCCUGGGGUUUGAUUUUAUACACAGAGGUCUUGGCCUUCUGUCAACACGAGAAACAGCAGAGUGGACAGACAGCCUGAAGAAUAGGCACUGGAAAUUUGAGUUUUCUACUGUUAUUUUGAAACUUUUUUUUAUGGAGAUUUUCUAAGUGCUUCUGUAAGUAUUGUGGGUGGUUGUAAAGGGGACCAAGAACUCCUGAGGGGCAGGGAUGAUUCUGCCACCUCCUUGUGUGUGGGGAUGGCAGAGGGACUGUCCAGACCAGCCUGGGAAUGCCUGUUGAUGGGGGUGCCUUGGCUGCUGCCCUGGAAACCAGGUGUCUUCCCAGGUGUGUGUUCCUUGGCCUAGACUGAUUCCCAGUAUUCCUGGUCCUUUCCCCAGCGGGUGUUCACAUCCAUGAUUGACUUUGGUAAUCAGCUGAGAGCGGGGAACUGCAGCCUGGAGUGGAUGACAUUUCCCCCAAGGUCUCAGUGUUCACGGGUGUGCACGCUCCAUGGACUGGACCCCACCUGACACCUGGGGGGUGGGGGAGGUCAGGUGCAGAGCGGGCCCAGGAAGUUCCUCCCGAGAGGAAGAUCCUGGUCUGAGGGAGGCUGGUCAGCCCACGUGGACUGUGGGGUUGCCAGGCCUGAUGUGUCACGUUAAAGGAGGGGGUUGUCUUCUAGAACUUGGGGCUCAUGGCAGAGUUAGGCCAGGAGAUCUAGGUGAAUCUUUUAACCACCUCCAUCCUCGUGUUACUUGUCUGUCGAAGGUGGUAAUGACCCCAGUGCAUCCUACCUCACCUUAGAGUUGUCAGGGUCAUAAUAGAUUUAGAGGCAGCGGGACAAAUAGGAAGCCUGAUUUCGACCUUCUUUUCAGGUUCAGGGCCCCCUUUCUCUUUCAUGUUGAUCUUCCAGCCCUCUUCGCAGUCAGAAUCACUCAAGAAGGACCUUUAUUUUCUGGAGUGAGUGGAAGGUCCCACGGGUGCAAAGUGAGGUAAGACUUUCCCUUUGGGCUAUAUCCACCUGGAGCCUUUUGUACCUCAGUGGAACAAAUUCUCACCAAAGCAGUGAGGUUCAAACUGUGGAGGUUCGGGCUCUAGUGUCGCGCCUUAUGGAGAAGUCUCGAUGGCACCUAGCUUCUUGUGCCUCUUCAGUCACACCACUUUGGGCGCUCCCUAUAAACCAGCCCUUGGUCUGGGUGACUUUGAAGCUGGAGUGAUGGGUCCUCAGCUCUUCUGAUUGUUGUCUUAUUUAUCUGGCACUAUGUGAAGUGUCCAGUGUUCAGGCCUGCUUCCAGGUGCCUGGGUCCCUGGCUGUGCCACUUCCUCUUGCCCCCCUCUGACCCUCAUACCUCUCCUAAAGUCCUGAACAGGGUUGGGGGCAGAUGGAAACAUUGCUGUCAUCUCUGGGGCAAGAGUAUACACGUCAGUCACUGCUCAGCCAAGCUCCUCUGGGCUUGGGAGAGAUGCCCCCUCCCCUGCCAUAGAUCCUGCUUGUCUGCUCUGGUAUCCCCCAGCUCUUGCCAGGGCCCCGCAGUCAGGGCUGGGCUGUCAGCAAGUGCUCAGACAGGAUGUGGUGCUAGUGAAGCUGCUGAGAGCUUAGCCCUCAGCUGCAAGAGCUAGUCUCAGGUGUUUCCUUGGAAGGCCUCAGGGCUCAGAGUUUCCAGGCUUUUCUAAUGCUUAAUGCCCUGUGUAAAUACGCAAACUCUUAACAGACGCAGUAAUCAAUGUGCAGUGGUGCUCCUCUUCUUCCAAAGCAUUCAAUGUGCCGGGCUCCCGGCUAGGCCCUGUGAGUUUGCCUGGCACUCGAUAGGUGUUCAAAGGACAUUCUUUACACCGAAAUGAGUCAGCGGAGGCUGCGUGACCUGGGAGGCUGGAGCCUGGUCUGACCCCAGUCUCACUCCCAGCUCUGGGUCUCGGGUUCCUCAUUUGUAAAGCAAAGUUGGGGUUCUGGUGUUAAAAGGCCCGUAAGAACUGUGACGGUGGUGAAACCUUGGCCCCAUCAGUGCUCAAUAAAUAUGUUGGACUCUGUA